UUCAUCGUCCACAACAGAAGAGAACCUCGUCGCCUUGUCAGCAGGACAGAGAGAGAGAGAGAAAACCAUGCUUGUUGCUUCCACGCUCGGACGCACGGCGCUGCGGUGCCAGCGCGUCACGCUGAUGACGCUUGUCGCGAACCAGCCACGCAUCAGCGCCCCCUCCACCCUCACCAAAACCACACAGCGGGCGAUGGCCACGUUCCGCACUUCGCGGGCCGCGACAGCGCGCGUGGCAAAUGCGACGGCCACCGGAACCGGUGCCCGCGCGGCCUCGGGCUCCAACACACGCCGUCUUGUGCUUGGCGGUCUGGCCGGUGCAGGCAUCAUCACCGUUGGCCUCAUGGGCGCCACGAUGGUGCGCGGCCUGACGGAGGGCGUGCACGACAACACCAUGUGGGCGCCGUAUGUGCACGAGCGCGUUGCCAGCACCUUCACCGCCCUCGGCGUCGGUAUUGGUAUCACCGCCGUCGCCACCAUCGCCCUCUUCCGCACCGGUGCCGUGACGUUCAUCGCUGCUCGCCCGAUUGUGUCGAUGGUGGUGUCGCUUGGCGGCAUGAUUGCUGCCAGCACGCUGACCCGGAGCAUCGACCCUGCCAACCUGCCCCUCAAGUACGCCAGCCUCGCCCUCUUCAACUCCGUCGUCGCCUUCACCCUCACCCCGCUCAUGCUGCUCGGCGGGCCCCUGCUGCUGCGCGCGGCAGCCAUGACCGGUGGCAUUGUCGGCUCGCUCUGCCUCGUCGCGUCCAACUCCCCAUCUGACACGUUCCUUGCGUGGGCCGGCCCGCUGUCCAUGGGCCUUGGCGCCGUGGUCAUCUCGUCGCUUGGUGCGGCCUUCCUCCCCUCCAUGGCGGUUGCCUCUGUGCUCCACCAGGUAUCGCUGUAUGGUGGACUCGUGCUGUUCAGCGGGUUUGUGCUGUUUGACACUGCGCGCAUCGUUGAAGCGGCAAAGCAUGCCCCGGCCAACAAGUUCGACCCCGUGGGCGCAAGCAUCUCCAUCUACAUGGACGCCAUCAACAUCUUCGUGCGCAUUGCGCAGAUUAUGGCCAUGAGCGGGGGCAACAGGCGCAAGUGAUGGCAAUCAAGGAUGGAUGGUGUGGUGUGGUGUGUGACAGGAUGACUGUGGUGUGGUGUACUUGUGAUGGAAGGGAAUUCAACUGAUGCUGGUCAUGCGUGCUGUUGUGUACUUGUGUGUGUGUGUGUGUGUGUGUGUGUGUGU